AUGGCCGAAACAUUUAAUACCAGACGUUCACGAAUAGCAAUAGUAUUGGUCCCGCCCCGCCUGGCCCCCGGGUGGGGACCCACCUCGGCGGGCCCACUGGCCCGCCCGCCCUGCAACCCCGGGGACCAAUCGGCGGUGCCCACCUGGCCCGGCCCGCCCCCCGCCCGGGACCUCGGCGUGCCUCCAAUGGCCCGGGACCCGAACCCGCCCCUGGGAACUCGGCGUGACCUCCUGGACCCGCCCACCCAAGGGGGACCUCGGCGUGCCUCCUGGCACGCCUCCUCCCGCCCCGGGGACCUCGGCGUGCCUCCUGGCCCGCCCGGCCCCGCCCCAGGGGACCUCGGAGCCCGCCUCCUGGCCCGCACGCCCCAGGGGUACCUCGGCGGGACCCAGUGGCCCCGAACCCGCCCCCGGGGACCACUCGGUCGGGCCCACUGGCACUGCCCGCCCCCCGAGGACCUCCCGGCGGGCCACUGUGGCCCGCCCGCGGGACGGGGACCCGGCUGGGCCCACUGGCGCACCCGCCCCCGGGGACCUCUGGCGGGCCCCCCCCACACUGGCCGCCCGCUCCCGCGGGGGACCUCGGCGUGCCCACUGGGCCCGGCCGCCCCGGGCCCCCGAAACUCCGGCGUGCCUCCUGGCCCCCACCGCCCCGGCGGGGGACUCCCCCCCGGCGUGCCUCCGGCCCACCCGCCCGCCCCGGGGACCUCGGCGUGCCGCCUACCGGCCCUCCCGCCCGCCCCGGGACCUCGGUCGGUGGCCUCCUUGGCCCGCCCGUCCCGCCCCGGGGACCUCGGCGGGCCCACUGGCCCGCCCGCCCCCUGGGGGGACCUCGGCGGGCCCACUGGCCGCCGCCCCGGGGAACCCUCGGCGGGCACUGGGGACGGCCCGCCCCCGGGGGACCCUCCCCGGGGCGGUGGCCCACUGGCCCCGCCCCAGCCCCCAGGGGGACCUCGGCGGGACCCACUGGCCCAUCCCGCACGCCCCCGGGAACCUCCCCGGGGCGGGCGGGCCCACUGGCCCGGCCCCCACCUAGGCCCGCCCCAGGCGGGACCUCGCGCCCCACUGGCCCGCCCGCAGGGGACCCCGGGGACCAUCGGCGGGCCCCCCACUGCCCGCGCGCCCAGGGGACCUCGGCGCCCACUGCCGCCUCCCCUGCCGGGACCAUCGGCCGGCCCACUGGCCCGCCCGCCCGGACAUCCCGCCCCAUGGCCCGCCCGCCCCCGGGGACCUCGGCCGGCCCGUGGCCUGCCCGUCCCGGGACAUCGGCGGGCCCACUGCCCGCCCGCCCGGACCUCGCGAGGACUGGCCCGCCCGCCCGGGGACCUCGGCGGGCCCACUGGCCCGCCCGCCCCGGGGACCUCGGCGGGCCCACUGCCACUGGAUCCCCGCCCUGCCCGCCCACCCCGGGACCUCGGCGUGCCCACUGGCCCGCCCCGCCCCGGGGACCUCGGCGUGACUGGGCCCGCCCGCCGCGGAAAACGGCGUAUCUCCCUGCCCGCCCGCGGGGACACCCAUGGGGGACUCGCGUGCCCUCCUGGCCGCCCGCCCGACUCGGGGAGGCGGGCCUCCGGGCCCGCCCGCCCACGGGGACCUCGGCGGACCUCCUGGCCCGCCGCCCCCGGGACCUCGGCGUGCCUCCUGGCCCGCCCGCCCCGGGGACCUCGGCGAGCCUCCUGGCCCGCCCGCCCUGGGAUCUCGGCGGGCCUCCUGGCUCGCCCGCCCCUGGGCGGUUCGGCGGGCUUUGCCCUCCGUCCCUGCAGACACUUACCCUUUGCUUAG